UAACUUAGUUGAUUGUAAAGUCCCACUGUGGAAACGUGGGAUUUAUUUUAAACUGCUAUCUAAUUGUUGUUUAUGAUGAUUGUUUUAUAUGGAUUUAUUCUUUUCCUCAGAAUUGGAGGUUUCAAUGGAAAAGCUGUUGUUCCAUAUGGAGGGGAAAGUUCUCAUAGAUUUCAAGAUAAAGGACAUCUAGAAAAUCUGAACCGACUUAGCUCUCAACUACUGAAUCUGAACUCUUACACCAUAGGUGAUGCUGACGGAUAUAAAUUUGCUCCAAGAUAUCAUCAACAUCAGAAUUCUGAAGACUAUCUUCGUCCAAGAAAGAUUGAUCGUCCCAAAUACGAGCCUUAUGUUGAGCCUGAAACUAUUCCUGUAUAUUUCCCUGUAUAUGAUGACGGUUACACCAAUCCUGAACAACGCUCUGGGAAAGCGGCAUCUGCAGAAUAUGAGGAUACCCCCUUGGUGUCUCAAUACCAGGAAUUUAUUAUGAACUUCUUCGACCAGAAAACUCAUAAAAUCCUGAAUGCACUUAGUACUCAAGGUAAGGUUUCUGAUGGUGAUAUGAGACAGGUUAGAAUAUAUGGAGAUACUGAUGUUAAAAAUGUGUCUCAAUCCCUACUGGAGAAUGACCAAGUGUCCUAUGGUGUGCUUAGGCAAACUCCACAUGGGCGACAUCUUCUGCUUGUUACUUUGCUUGAGGGGUUUGAUGUGGAUUAUUGGGAACCAAGAUGUGGUUCUUAUGUUAAAAUGUAUCUGCCAGAUUCUCUUAAACUACCAAACCAACCAACACCACCUGCAGAUGCUUGUAUUUUGCAUGAGGUCACUCUCAAUGGAAGAGUGGUGAAUAGAGCUGAAAUACUGGAUUACUAUCAUUCAAAAAUUGUUUCAAGCAUUGGUAAAAUGGAGGAAUUUUCCAGGUUUCACACUGGGGAUCAGAAUGCAGUUAAUUCUCUAGUCAGAUGGUGCUUGGAUCAGGAUUCAUUUGAUUCCAUGCUGUCUCUUCUAGUUGUUAUCAGGGAUUCCUGUAAUAAUAAGCUGUUUACUGAGGCUAUGUUUACUAUUAUCCAAGCUAGAAAUGAUGUAGGCUUUGUACUUCCCAGCCUGUCCUCAAUUGAUCCUCUCGACUACUUGCCAUUUCACAACCGCUCCUCAGAUGUUAGUGAGAUAUAUGAGAAUCACAGAGUUAAACGACAAUCUCAGUCAGUGAUAAGCUUUAGAGGAGCACAAAGAACUUACCCACCAUCCGAACCUGAAUCAAGAAUUUGGUAUUUCCGGGAAGAUGUUCUGAUAAAUACUAUGCAUGCAUCCUGGCACAUUAUCAUGAGUGGUUCAAAUAGCAGAAUGUCUCUAGAAAGGCGGGGAGAAAUGUUUGCAUAUAUGCAUGGCCAAGUACUUCACAGAUACAACUGUGAACGUCUUGCAAAUGGUCUUGGCCUAACUGAAGAAUUUGGUCCACGCCAUUGGCCACAAGGAAUCUGGCCAGGAUAUGACUCUCAACUAGGUUCUGUCAUUAAUGGCCAAAGAUAUCCAGGAAGACCUGCAGGGGCAACUAUUACAGGAUUUAAUGGCUUGCGUCAAAACACUGAAAGACUGAAUGCUGCAAUUGAUCGUCUUGACUUGGGAAGAAACAGGCUUGGGUAUGCUCAGGGUGUAGAUUUUGGUAUCAGUCCCCUUGGAGAUGUAGUUGAAGCCUAUGGUAGCAACAAUCAGUAUGGGGGUCCACACAAUUCAGGACAUGUAAGAAUUGCCACAGCCGGAAACUCAGGAACUGGUGUAAUGGGAUUUCCCCAGACUUCUAUGAGAGAUCCUAUUUUCUACAGAUGGCAUACCUUCAUUGAGAAUUUCUUUCUUAGAUACAAGGAGCGGCUUGGUCCUUAUCCUUCAGCAGAUCUUGAUUUUCCAGAGGUUCAAGUUGACAACUUUUGGGUUACUUCUCAAGGUCAGAAUAAUGUGAUCAGAACAUUUUAUGAUGUUGGAACUGUUAGUCUAGAUGGUAAUCUUCUUAGGUCAUUAGGAGUUGGAAACAUACAGUAUGAAAGAUUAAAUAAUCAAGGAUAUACCUUCAAUAUGCAGAUAAACUCAAGCGUUGCUACACCUGCAAUAGGAAGAAUAUUCCUGGUUCCCAGUCAAUUCAGAAAUAAUGCUCAAAGUGUGUUUAUACAGAUGGAUCUAUUCUAUAUCAAUUUGAGACAAGGACAAAACACUUUAACCAGAUCACCUAAUGAAAGUCCUCUGCACUCAACAGCACCACCCGUUCUUAGGGAUUUACAGAAUGGUCUACUCAGGGGAAUGAGUGAAACUACUUUCAACUAUGCUCACUGUGGAUGGCCAAUUGAAAACGCAAUACCCCGAGGAACAACCCAGGGAAUGCAGUUUGACAUGGUUUUGUUUAUCUCAAAGGUUAAUGAAAGGGAUAGUCAGAAUGUGAAUGAUUGGUUGACAAGAGGAAUGAAUUCUUGGGCCUGGUGUGGGGUUAGACAGGGAGGUUUACCACCAGAUUCUAAACCUAUGGGUUAUCCUCUAGACAGGAAUUGGGACUUAGAUGUUCUUAUGAGAAGAUCAAAUGCAAGAUUGACUCCGAUAAGUAUAGUUCAUGAAGGGAACUAAUAGCCUGCUUAAACCACGCAGUUAUGAAAAUUAAUGUGAUUUUAUUCCUAUUAUUGUAUGAAUUCCAUCGUAUGUGUAUUUAUUUAUUUGAUCUAUUGUAAUUUGGAAUUUAAAUAAAUUCUUUUAAUAAUUAUUCUUAA